AUGACGUCUUGCUCAAUCAACACGAUCUCGCCAAUUUCUGGACAGGAUCUGGGGUUAUGGUGUGAAGAAGAAAACGAAACGGGAUCUGUCUUGCCGCCGAAUGUCGCUAAAGUCAGACCGCAGCCGCAGUCUGAUGCAGGGCGUCCGCAAAACGACUACAAAGCUACAGUCAGCGUUCCAACUCCUUCUCAUGUAUUCUCACCAAGAAACUCUGGCAUAGCGCAGUUUCCUUCUGGCUUAAGUGGACUCAUGUUUCUCCUUACCCUAAUAAUGUUCGGAGAUAUUUCUCUUGGAAGAGGUAUGCCGUCUAUGCAGAUCAGUGGUUCGACCAUUGAUCCUCCUUCGAAUGCAUCAAGUCCACCUUUGUGUCCACAUUUAUACCAACAGCCAGCCUCCUCACGACAUAUCGAACGAUGA